AAGUAUGAUCAUGCAGCGGUGGUGUCAAUGGUCCUUCGAGAAUCUUGCAGAACAACCUAGAGUUUUCGUGCACCUCUACUUCUGUAAAGCCCACUCUGGUCGUUUACGCAGCUCGUGAGAACUUCAAUGUCUUAGUUGAGGCCAGAGGAAAGGAUCUGAUGUGAAUGAUGAUGGAGUUUCGUCCAGGAAAGAGACCUCGCGACCCAUUCGAUGUGCUCGAUCAAGAGUAUCGGCACUCAAAGCAGAGUGCCACGCCGGAACGCAUCACGGCGCAGAUGGUCGACCUGCAUCUCGACUCACCGCGCCAAUGUAACCAAGUCGAGCCGAUACAGUACACGACACACGUGCCCGUGGCGCGGUCAUGCUGCUCCGUGGCCAGUGCAUCCGGUCAGCUGUGCGUGGGCGACACGACGCAUCGUCAGCAGCCGGUGGCCGCCGCCGCAUCCGCAUCCGGCGGCGGCUGUGCCAGGAUGAGACGCCGCUGCAAGAAGACCUCCAUCGUGGAAGAAGAGAUGCCGACGGAAUGCACCCAAUACAAUGUGACGUCCAUGGAUGAUCCAGAGCCGGAUGACGUACAGCCAGAUGGCCCUGUAGUGGAGCUGUCCUCGACGCUCAUGAAAGGCCUUAAAAACGCGGAACGACUCAACACACAGAUUCAGGAUAAGCUCGUGCAGUCCAUAUCCCAUCCACAGUGUCGACAGCUAAUGGUGUGGAAACCGCCUGAAGAUUUCGUGCAGAAAGUACUACAUGACGUCAAUAAGCCAAAGGGACCGACAAUUACUGAAGUUACCGACGGAAUGGACGUGUCGAAUAUGCAAGUCGUUGGUGGUACUGUCGUCAUUGAGCCUGAGGAUGAUCUGUGGGAUUGCCAAAUGAGUUGCGAAGACAUGGACGCCAGCUAGUAGUGGGAGAGCUUCCGUUCUGGCCGACACCAUCGCACCGGCUGAAAUAACCCCACUGUAUUUUCUCAGCUCGCACUGCUUAUAACGCUUCUCUUGCUGUCUCUUCCGGGCUAGGUAAGCACUGCUGCCUUUCUCCAUAGCUACAACUUAGGUACAACCAUAGCUACAACCUAUAGCCGACACUGUCGUUGCUUACGCUGCUACUGCUGAGUCUUGGUACUGGUCUACUUCUUCAAGUACGUUUUUAGUGGUAUCUGUCCAUGUGUGUGUGCCUGUGCGUAUAUGAACUUCAGUACUAAUUGUGUUGUGUACUGGCGAAGCACUACACGUGAUCCGAAGGGUUGAACCUUGAUUUUUAUUCCCUAUUUUUUUUUUAAUGAGCAAAUGGUUUUAAUCAAUAACCAAAAUGAGCUUUCCAGCUUGAAAUUGUUUUGCUGUGGUGUUUGAGUCACUGGUGAACCCGUGUAGCUAUCCAUCAAUCUUUGAAAACUCAA